ACAUCCUGUGACCAGAAACUGCUCCUGGAACAGACUCUUCGACUGAUAUUCGAAACAAGAUGGCUUCAGGUCUUUUCUUCACUCUGCUGCUUGGUCUGAGCGUUGGACUCUGGGCUGGAGCUGAUGCGGGAUGCAGACUGAGAGCGGCUACCUGCGAUGACUGCCCUCCUGGUUGGACUUGGUACGAAGGUCGCUGCUUCCUGUUUGUGAACGAGGAAAAGAACUGGGCUGAUGCUGAGAAACACUGCCUCUCACUGGAAGGACACCUGGCCUCCUUCCACAGUAAAAAUGAGUAUAACUUCAUCAGAGACCUGAUCUACAAAGCAACUGGAACACACAAAACAAGUUGGGCUGGCGGCCAUGAUGGACCGCAGGACGGCUUCUGGAUGUGGACUGAUGGUUUGAAGUUUGUCUUUGAUUCCUGGGGACCCAGACAGCCAAACAAUAGUGGUGGAGAUGAAAGAUGCAUGAACAUCAACUUAAGAGGACAAGAUUUUGUGAACGAUGAGCACUGUACCUAUAAGUUUCCGUUCACCUGCGCCAGAGUCGUCUAACUUUUCUCCUCUUGUGGUUAAAAUCUGACAUGACCAUGUGACUUUCCUGCUGGUGAUGUCACUUCCACCUGGAUGUAAAGCCUCGAUGACAUCACUGGUGGAAGACAAUAUUAAGCUUCUGUCUCAUCAUUCAAUUCAAUCACUUCAAUAAACCUUUUUCUUUCC